AUGGCCUGUCCCUUUGUCUGUCCCCGUGGGAAGCUGCGCUCCCUACCCCCAGGGCUGGCCACUGGGUUCCCCUCACCGAAGGUAGAAACAGGAGGAAGCAGCGAGCUCAUGAACUUCUACACCACCAGCUACAUGGUGGCCCACGUCUCCUUCUUGCUGUCACCAGGCCAGCCACGCUUCCGUCCCCGCCUCGGCCACCACACUGGGGCUGGCUUUGUGCCCAACAGCUGCUCAGCCCUCUCCUACCUGCUCUGCCCACGCAGCACGUCAGAGGCCUGCUGCCAGGACAUUGCCACCUCCACCACUACCAAGCAUUUCAAGCCCUUCUGGCUCCCUGAUGGCAGCAGCGUCCUGCCCCGACGUGUCCACCAGCCAGGGAGUGGCUACCUCCAGGAGUGUCCCCCUGCCUGCCUCUACACAGGGAGGCUGAGUCCUCAGCAUGCUGGGGUCCUCCAGGGCUCCCCCAAAACAUCCAGGGAGCAUGGUACUGAGAAACACCACACUGGGCCUGCCCAGCCAGGUGUGAGUUUGGGGGUGCUGGUGGCCAUGGGGCUAGCUCCAUCCCCAGGAGAAUUCCCAGGAGGGUUUGGGGGUGCUGGUGGCCAUGAGACCAGCUCCAUCCACAUGAGGGUUUGGGGGUGCUGGUGGCCAUGGGACCAGCUGCAGUCCUGGGAAGGUUUGGUGGUCCUGGGACUGGCUCCAUCCUCAGGAGGUCUUAGGGGUGCUGGUGGCCAUGAGACCACCUCUGACCCCAGGAGCAGUUGGGGCUGCCAGAGUGCCCUGCCAGGUAACUCUGAGACUGCCUCUGGGGCUGAGCUGGGGACAGGGGACAGUCCUGGGGGCUCCCCAUGGCCCCUGCCCCAUCUGCUCCCCACAGGCAUCCUUCAGAAGACGACCAUCGGUGCCAAGGAGCAGUCAGGCUUCACCAGGGCCAUCCCAGGGAGCAAUGCCAUCCUGCCAGCCCUGCCUGGCCAGCCUCUCGGUGUGAGUGUCACCAGGAUGGAUUAUGUGCCCUCUGUGCACAGCCAUGGCAGAGAGACUCUUGCAGCGCUGCCAGCAGGCUCUGAGAGAGGCAGUGGGUUCAGCAGGGAGGUGCCAGGCUCCCUGGGCACAGCAGUGAGUAGGAUCCCAUCCCACUGCCUGACCCCUCGUGUCCUCCUCGUCCUCAUGCCCAUUGCCCCCACACAGGGCUUGCAGGCACCUCGAGUGACCCUCUCCAGCCUCCUGGGACACCAAACGGUUGGCAGAAUGGUGGGUGGUGGCACGGCCCUGUCCCCACCCCUGCUCCCAUCCCUAUCCCUAUGCCCAUGCACUCAACCUACCUCCCUCCUCCAGGAGCCAUCAGGGUUCUCCACCAACUACAGCCAGAACAUCACCCUUGGCCCAGCCUUGUCCCCCACAGCACCAGCUCCUCCUUGUCGGGAUCCAUCCUGGACAGCGAGACCCAUGGGGGGCAUUCAGCCCCAGCGUCCCAGUGGCUUCAGCACCAACAACCACAGCACUGGGCUAGGGGGCACCGUCGGCCAUCUCCUGGCAUGACCUCCCCCCAGGUCCUGGCAGUAGCCCCCAGUAUUUUGUGUCCCACUCUCAGUCCCUGGAGAAAUA